CACGCAUCGAACAGCCAGGCCAUAGACUCGUUUAAGGCACAACCUGGCCGCUGUUCGCCCCAUCGGGCAGCCAGCGCCGAGAAAUUUUCUGCGGGUUUUGGGAAGAGUCGCCAAUCGUUCGAACCAUCCUUGCCGAUCGCUUCUGUCGAUAUACUACUUAAAGGGGGUUUUGCUGCUGUCGCUUCGACUGCUGCUGCUGCUGCGCUCAAGCGCGUCUGCUCCCCCCCAUUGCUUUCGAAUUCACCUUCGUCGCCAUGGCCGUGUCUCCAGUGCUGGCCGUUGCCGUGCCGUCUUGCCUGCUCGUGGUGUACUGGCUCAGCCAGAUCGGCAAGCGGCCUGCAGACUACCCGCCAGGCCCGCCCACCGUGCCAGUGCUUGGGAAUAUCCAUCUGAUGCCUGACGUUGACAUCCACGGCCAGUUCAGAAAAUGGGCCAUGAAGUACGGCCCGAUCUACUCGUUGAUGCUGGGGACGAAGAGCAUGAUCGUGCUGUCCGGUCCGGAAGCUAUCAAGGAUCUGCUCGACAAGCGAAGCGCGUACUACUCGUCUCGACCGGAAAUGUAUCUAGCUCGACUGCUGAGCGGAGAUUCGCGAAUGGUUUUGAUGGAGUACGGCGAAAUGUGGCGAACGACCAGAAGGAUCGUUCACAACAGCCUCAACAUCAAGGCCACAAAAACAUACAUCACGUACCAAGAUCUCGAGAACAAGCAACUUCUGAUGGACAUGCUCGAGCGGCCUGAGAUCUUCAAGUCCCACAUCAGGAGAUACACGUCCUCCCUCGCUACGCAGAUCGUGUUCGGUUUCCGGACUCCCAAUCACGACGAUCCUAAGCUCAUCCGCCUCAUCGAGGGUUUCGAGGAGUUCUGUCGAAUCUCGGUUGCACCCAUUGCGAAUGCCCUGGACUGCUUCCCGUUCAUGAGAUAUCUUCCCGAUUUCAUGAUCCCGAUGAAGGGUUACGCGAAAAAGCUUCAUCAUGAGGAGCUUAAGCUUUACAUGGAGCACUACGACAGCACUCGAGAGAAGAUCAAGAACGGAACCGCCAAACCCUGCUUCACUGUGGAUCUGGUUCGAGCUCAGGAGGAAGAGGGUUUCUCGGACGCCAUCGCCUGCUAUACCAGCGGCACGCUCUUGGAAGCCGGCAUGGACACCACGGCUUCGACGCUUACUGGGUUCGUGCGAGCUAUGCUGUGUUUCCCCGAGGUCGCCAAGACGGCCCAGGCAGAGCUGGACCGAGUGUGCGGCGACCGUUUGCCAGAAUUAGAUGACCUUCCUAACCUGCCAUAUAUUCGCGGGUGCAUGAAAGAGACCUUGAGAACGAUGCCACCGGUGAUCCUGGGGAUUCCGCACGCAAACAUCCGCGACGACGAGUACCUCGGCUACAAGAUUCCAAAAGGCACGCAAAUCUUGUGCAACGUCUGGACUUUGAACAACGAUCCAGAACGGUACCCUAAUCCAGAGAUAUUCGAUCCGACCCGGUGGGCGUCGGACGAACAGACGUCGGCCGAAGCGGUCAACAACCCGGACGUGUCCAAACGCGAUCACUUCUCCUUCGGAGCGGGACGCCGCGUCUGCCCGGGAAUGCACAUUGCAGACCGGUCCAUCUUCUUCGCAAUCUCGCGCUUGCUGUGGGCUUUCGAUUUCCACAGGCCUAUCGACAAGGCCACGGGCAAGGAGAUCGUGCCAGGUUUCAACGACAACACGGACGGCCUGGCGUCCUUCCCGAAGCCGUUCGAGGCGGACAUCCGUCCAAGAGACGAGUUCAAGAGCGAAAAGAUCAGGGAGGAAUGGGCCAAGAUGAGAGAAUUGCUAGACGACGACCUGCAGUGGAACAAGCUUCCCGAGGGCUUGGUUUGGAAAGACUAUAUGAACUAAUUUGCCGCGCGGGUGCGCAACCCUUUGCGGGCAUCAAUUUGGAGACUGUACACGUGAUUCUUAGGUUACCUUCCUUUCACAGGAAUAGCUAUGGAAAGAGUGUAUGCUCAACCACUCAAUAUGAAGGCCCAUGUUUCGUGUUUUAGA